CUUUUGCCAGUUUUGUUUGGAAAAAGCAAAGAAGAAGCACAGCGAGCAGAUUACUCCUCAUCUAAAAUAAGAUGAGGACUUGUCUCCUCUUCUGCCUUCUCUGCCUGAUGGCUCCUGUGAGUUUUGGUCAGAUUCCAGGUCCUCCUGGUCCUAAAGGUGACAAAGGGGAUCGUGGGAUUCCUGGACCCCCUGGGAGUUAUGGUAAACCUGGUAUUCCUGGUCAAAAAGGAGAGCGAGGGGCACCUGGAUUUCAGGGGUAUCCUGGGGGAAUGGGACCUCGUGGAGCGGCAGGAUCUACUGGAGCUGCUGUAAUGUGUGAACAAGAUUCCUACGGUUCUAUUAGUAGUGAUCUUCAGGAUUUGAGGAGAAUCCUGGUGAAAUUAGAGCUGGUUAUAAAGUAUGACUUCAUCAGGAGAGCUGGUCAGAAAUACUUCGUGUCCUUCAAGGAGAGAGGCUCUUUCUCCAAAGCUGUUGACUUCUGCUCCCAGCAAGGAUUACAGCUGGCUUUGCCCCAAAAUGAGGAGGAGAAUAACGCACUGACUCAGGUGUUUGGUGAAGGUGACAAAACGGCCUGGAUCAGCAUCAACAACAGAAAAGCACAAGGGAAUUUUGCAGUCGAUCUGAAAAACCAACCUUUGGUUUUUAUCAAAUGGGCAGAAGGGCAGCCGGACAGAUCAGUCCAGGAUACAGGCUGCACCAUGCUGACAGAAAACGGCUUCUGGACAGUCACACAAGAAUGCUCCCUGCAGGCUUACAUCAUUUGUCAGUUAUAAAUAGAACUCACUUUUGUUUCCCAAGCUCUGUGUUUCAACUUGUUACUUAACUAGAAAAUCUCACCUCCUCUCUAAAGCUGAGUACUGAAAAUCAUCAAAACAAUAACUAAUAAACAGUUCUACAGAUGUUCAUCCUUGUUCAUUUUAUAUUUUAUAUGACUCAUAAAAAUAAAAUACUUAAAAUAUAAAAAUCAAAUUUCAAACGAUAGAAAUUAUAUCUUCAACUGUAGAGAACAAAGAAAGAUCUUCAUCAUUAUCUUCAACUAUUGAAAUUGAAAAUACUGAAACAAAUGAAUUAUAAUCUUAGUAUAGAUAUUACAAAAACAGCUCCAAAGUGCAGGUUUAGGCACCAACGCUCGCUUUUCCAAAACUAGAACAAGUAGUAUAACAUUAAUUGUAGCUUUUGCAAAGACAUAAAAGCAUAUUAUGUCAAACUACAGUAAUAAAAUGUAUCUUGUGUCAUUAUUUUGUGUCAAAUUACAUCAUGAAAACCUUUACAUCUACAAAUGAUCCUUGAAAAAAUGUGAGUACAAGCACUGUAAGAACAUUGACAACGACACAAAAAAGAGAUUUGAUUUCUUCUGUGUCAGAUACUUUGUGAAGUGCAGGCACAAGACGACCACAUGAAAGAGCUGUGAAUCAACACAACAUAAAAAAUGGCCCCUUGAGUCGACCUUCAGCUCAACUUGUCUUGAGGUUGAAGGUUUUUCUGUUUUACCCAGAGGUGACUCCACUGUCACAGAUAGCACCUUCUGUUUGUCUUUCAUUUGUCUCACUAAUAAAAUGCUUUAUUACAUUUGCAGGUUUUUUUCCGUUUUCUUUGACUAUAACUCCUUUCAACUAUUUUUAUGUGAUCACAUCUAUUGUUUUUAUUUCUUCUUUCCUAGUUUUUUUUUCUUUUUAUAGUUUUAAUCUGCUUUUAUUUAUUGUUUGUCGGUUUUCACUGUGUUCGGACUGUGUUAAAUUAACUGUUUGAUUCUUGUUCAACACUUUGGGUGAUGACUAGUUGUGUUUUUCAAUGUUCUGUACUAUAUACAUAUACCUGCCCUGCCUUGUCGUUCCUCUGGUGCCACCAUCAGGCCGAACAGGGCAAUUUUUGGCCCAGAUUAUAAGACCUUUAUGCCCCAAUAAGAAUUGUGCCAUUUUUUUUUCCUAAC